AGUUAUUUCUCCUCGGAAAAAUUGGGAUAUUUGUUUUUUAAUCCACCCGUCAAUGGCUUCCUCGUGUUCUUUUGUUAUUGUUCAUCUUGAGGGCUGCUGUUAUUGAUUCGUGAGCCGAAAAAAAUGAAGUUGGCUCCAAGAGAAAUAGAGAAAUUGAUGCUACAUAAUGCUGGUUAUCUUGCUCAAAAACGUCUUGCUCGAGCUCAACUUCUUAACUAUACUGAAGCCGUUGCUCUUAUUGCAACUCAGGUCUUAGAAUUUGUACGUGAUGGAGAUAAGAGUGUGGCUGAGCUGAUGGACAUAGGGCGACAAUUACUGGGAAGGAGACAAGUUCUUCCAACUGUUCCUCAUCUGUUGGAUUGUGUUCAGGUAGAGGGGACCUUUCCAGAUGGAACAAAAUUAAUCACCAUCCAUGACCCUAUAGCAUGUGAAAAUGGAAAUCUGGAUCUAGCUCUGCACGGUUCUUUCCUUCCUGUUCCUCCUCUGGAAAAGUUUCCAGUGAUAGAAGAUAGCAAAAUUCCUGGCCAGAUGUGCUUUGGAGGUGGACUUAUUGUCCUUAAUCCUCAAAGAGAGGCAGUAAUUCUCAAAGUCACUAAUACAGGUGACAGACCAAUUCAGGUUGGCAGCCACUACCACUUUAUCGAGGUCAAUCCAUCCUUGAUAUUUGAUCGAAAGAGAGCACAUGGCAUGCGUCUAAAUAUACCUGCAGGAGCAGCCACGAGAUUUGAACCAGGAGAAACAAGAAGUGUAGUUCUUAUUGGGAUUAGUGGCAAAAAAGUGAUUAGAGGAGGUAAUGCAAUUGCUGAUGGUCCAGUUGAUGAUGCAAAAGUUAUGACAUUAAUGGAAGCUCUAAGUGAAGGAGGAUUUGGUCAUUUGGAAGAGCCAAAUCCAAGGGAAGGUGUUGUAGGAGAAGAAUCUUGCUUUUCGUUUUCGAUGACUCAUGAGGAGUAUGCCAAAAUGUUUGGCCCCACUACUGGAGACAGAAUACGUCUGGGGGACACUGACCUGUUUGCUGAAAUUGAGAAAGACUUUGGUAUCUUUGGUGAUGAAUGCGUGUUUGGGGGUGGAAAAGUUCUAAGAGAUGGAAUGGGUCAGGCAUGUGGAUAUGCUCCAGCAGAUUGUUUGGAUACUGUUAUAACAAAUGCUGUAGUGAUUGACUAUACAGGAAUUUUCAAGUGUGAUAUUGGAAUUAAAGAUGGUCAUAUUGUUUCCCUUUGUAAGGCAGGUAACCCAGAUGUCAUGGAUAGUAAUGCGAUAAUUGGGGUUAACACUGAGGUUAUUGCAGGUGAAGGAAUGAUUGUAACAGCAGGAGCUAUAGAUUGUCAUGUGCACUUUAUAUGCCCUCAACUGGCAUAUGAGGCAAUAUCAAGUGGAAUCACUACAAUGGUGGGAGGUGGUACAGGGCCUGCUCAUGGGACACGUGCAACCACUUGUACACCGGGACAUGUGCACAUGGAAUUGAUGUUGCAGUCAACAGACGAAAUUCCCCUAAAUUUUGGUUUCACUGGAAAAGGUAACAGUUCCAAGGCUGAUGGCCUACAUGAAAUAAUCAAAGCUGGAGCAAUGGGACUGAAGCUUCAUGAGGACUGGGGAACUACUCCUGCUGCUAUAGAUAUGUGCCUAUCUGUUGCCGAUCAAUAUGAUAUUCAGGUCAACAUCCAUACUGACACCUUGAAUGAAUCUGGAUUUGUUGAGCAUACAAUUGCUGCUUUUAAAGGUCGCACCAUACAUACAUAUCACAGUGAAGGUGCUGGUGGUGGACAUGCUCCGGAUAUAAUCAAGGUUUGUGGUGUAAAGAAUGUAAUUCCCUCAUCAACCAAUCCAACACGUCCAUUCACUUCGAAUACUGUGGACGAGCACCUUGACAUGCUGAUGGUAUGCCAUCAUCUUAGCAAGAACUCCCGAGAGGAUGUAGCUUUUGCUGAAUCCCGGAUUCGGGCUGAAACAAUUGCUGCAGAAGACAUUUUGCAUGAUAUGGGAGCAAUUAGCAUAAUAUCUUCUGAUUCACAAGCCAUGGGUCGAAUUGGAGAGGCAAACUUAACCAAUUAUUGGUUUUUUUCAGGAUAUCAUCUGUUAAGGGCCAGUAAACAGGAUGACUGGUAUAUGUAUAAUCACAUCAGCAUACUGCAGUAUGCAGCUUGUACUUCGACGUUCUGAACGUCUACCUACAAUAACCCAAUGUUCUAUUUAUGUUGUUAGAGUAUUGAGUGAAUAUGUGUCGAUUCAUUGUAUAGUAUAAGGAAAAUCAUAUAAAAUAUUCUAUAGGAUACACUAGGAUAUUCUGAAUCUAAUUAUAGAAAAUUUACUUACCUUUUAGCAUAGGAAUUGCUUACCUACGCCAUUUAAUGUAGCCUAAGACUCCUAUGUAAGGAGCACCUCUUGUACACUGUUAAUCAAGUCAAUGAGCUUCUUUUCUAUUUUCACAUGGUAUCAGAUUAUUUCUAUUUAUGGUUUACUCAAUAUUGCCCCAUAUUAUGUUGUCCAAGCUCCAAAUGUCCAGUCUUUGCCCCUUGGGUGGAAGGGGGUGUUAAGUGUCUCACAUUGGUAGAUGAAAUGGGUUGUAGUCUCCUUGAGUGAUCUUAGACAAUCCUCACCUCUUGAGCUAACUUUGGGGAUUGAGAUAGACCCAAGGCCCAUUUUAUUAUGGCACCAAAGUAGGUAAAAGUCCUGGGUUUGAGUCUCACCACUACCACUAUAAAAAGAAUUUCCUCGUGCUUGAAUCAUCCAAAGUUCCAAACAAUCAAGCCCACAAGUGAGGUGAAGACAUAAUUAGGUAAAUAGAACUGUAGCACUUAAGUGAGAUGGUCAAAACACUUCAACAUAGGUUAUAGUAUGUAUCCUGCUAUCAUGAUCAGGGCUUCCCAGGAAAGCAAUAUCUGCGCUUUGUUACUUGUUAUUUGAUAUAAUCUAUGUUGCUCGGACUCUUCAAAAAUGUCAACCAAAUGUAGUGUAUCUUUAGAAAAUCCAAUAAGGGUGCGGCACCAAUAGUGAAGAGUCCUAACAACUUAGGAUAUAAUAAGCUCAUGUCAUGAUUAAGCCGAAAGUGCAUACAAUAGAACUUUUUGUAAGAAAAAUCUCACUUACAAUCCCAUGUAUCGGAAGUCCGGAACCUAAUUAAGCUGCGUAAAUAAUGAAGAAUUAGAGGUGCCAUCAAAUAUCUAGUAUAAUUUAUUUCUUUUCUGGCUAUUGUUAUUUUUUGAAGGUGGAAUAUAGAAAAAGAAAGUAAUUGACUAGGUCAUAUCCUAGACCUAACGCCCUGCAGUUGCCAGAUUUUGACGGAGACUGCAACUGUCCUUGUGGGAGGAACUUACAAGCAGCAAGUAAUUUGGUCUGAAGGAGAGGCAGCGCCAAACUGAUAUCUCUUCCAGCUCUCCUAAA